UCAAUGAAUUUUGUUGGCUGAGUCUUUUGUAUCUCACUCACAAAUCCUGUGUGAUCUUCUAUAUGGAUUCGAACUCUCCUCGUGUCCCCCCUGUAGCGUACUUGGAAUGGAUUCUCCCGUAGCCUGGGCGGCGCACCACAAUAAAUCCAGCUGUGCACAGAACUCACUACUGCAGUUCGCAGCCUGGUCCCCUGGAGGUGAGGGCUCGCGCUUUGAGACAACUCCGAGCUGAGGUUGCUGCUACCUCGGAGAUAACUUACGGGGCGAUCUUAUCUCGGUUGUCGGAUCAGGUAUCCUGCGGAAAGAUUACUUGGUCCUCACCGACACCAGAUGUUAACUUUUUAGAUACCUGCCUACUUCGAGUCUGUCUUUUCCUAGUGGGAAAUAAUUUACACAUCGCCUCAACCAGAAUUUUCUACCCCUUCUUCACCCCUCACCAAUUUUACUCAUAACCUUUGAAGGGAACAUGCCAUAUUCUACUUGUAUUAUACUUAUUUUCUUGUCUAUAUUGCAAACUACCAGGGGCAGUUUCUAUGCCAGUUUUCCUACUUUUACCAGCGAGCAUUUUCUGGACAAGAGAUGUGCAAAUUAAGUGAGUGAAUGAUUUUGUAAAUGUUGCUCAAGAAGAGCAAAGUAGGAUUUUGAUAUAAGAAAAAAGCCCUAAGGAACCUUUUGAAGUUACCACCACAAGAAGCAAUCAUGCCUGCUGGAGUAGGGAAGACAGACAUGGAAAGGAUUGGCCUCUUCAGUGAGAUGGGAUAUACUACUAUUGGUGAUAAAUAUGUAUCACCAUUUAAUCGACCCUUUAAUGAAGCUGCAAGCAAAAAUAGACAGAUGCUACCUGGGGGAUCCAAAGCAAUGUCACAUCUCCAGGCAGGUUAUUUUGAUUCCCAGUUUGCAAGGAUUUUUGAAGGUGAAGGCUAUGUAAAUAUGAAUCAAGUGAGGAGACGAUAUAUGAUGGAAGAAGCCAAAAAAAAUCUAAGCAAAGCCUUCCUUCCUAGUAGCGGAGAGAAAAAGCUAUGUGGAUUAGGAAGCUACUAUGGAACAAUAGGUGGUCCAGUACCAUUCUUCAGUGCAGAGUUAAAACACAGGGACAAGUAUGAGGCACCUGGAAAGAAUUUAUACACAAACCCAGGAAAGAAAGGAACAGGAUACGGCUAUGCAAAUGUUACCAUAGGCAAACAAUUUUCACAUUCUGCUGAUUUCUAUGAUGAAGCAAAGCUAAAUUAUAAGAAAGCAAAUGAAGAACACCAUCGUUUAUUGAAAGGGACACCUUUCAAGUUAAAUCUUUAUCCAAGGGAAUAUUUUGACACUAAUGCUUAUUUUUCUGAUAAACCUUUACCUCCAAUUAAAACUGAAGAGAAGAAAAAAUUACUUCCAAAUCCUUUUAAACCUUCUUCUCCUGGUAAAAAGGCUGGUGGAAUGAAGGCAGGAACCUUUGAAGCUUACCCAUCACAUUCUGCUGACCCUUAUGUGGUUAAAUUGGAAAAGGAGAUUUCCAGGAAAGACGCUAAGAUUUUCCAUCCAUCAGGUGGACCAAAAAGCAGACCAACUGAAAGUAUAAUGGCUCUGAAUGUCAGAAGGGCACUGAAUAGGAAGAACUACAAGAAUGCUUCAGUCCAGGCAUAUUAGCAACUAAAAGACAAGUAUCUUCCUAGAUCCCAACCACUCAUUAUCAAGAGAUGAUUAUUUGAAAAAGAUUGAAAAGUUUGUGGAACAGAUAGCCCAUGCAUUUAAAAGAAAUUUAAAACCACAGCUGUGAUUUUUCUUUCUGACUUUAGUAUUGCUACUUUACUAAUAUCACUUGCUAAUAAUAUGUGAUUGCUGACUUAUGGUUUUAGAUCUAUGUUUCUAAGCACAACAUAAUGUUUAGAAAUUUUAUAAAAUCUUAAAAUGUAUUCUAUCAUUUAAAAGCUUUUAUUCCUAAUGUUAAAACAUUGUAGGGGUAGAGGGAGGGAGCUGGAGUCAGGGUAGAAGUUAUAUAGCAAAUUCUUGUAUGUUCUUAGAGGUACGUAUUUGAAAAAUGUAUCAAUAGUUACCUAAGGGUCAUAGCCUAUCGAAAUACUCAAUAUCAGAGAUAAAUAUUUUUAAAUCCAUUUAUACUGCUGAUUCAUGUAUAUAUUUACCUUACUGAGACAAAUGUUUAAAUAUAUGUAGUAUUGUCUUCUUUUUAUAACUUAUGCAAAUAAUCAGAUUAUUUACACAAUGGCACCUGACAUGAGUUGAGGAGGAUGGGAUGCACUUGUUGGUUUGGUUCAGUAUCUAUGAUUUCAAGCAGGAUGAGCAUUGUCUCUGGUGUCCUCUAAUGCUCUUCUCCAGAUGUCCAGAGCUAGAGGAUAGCAUCCUACCUCAAUCCUGUCUUGAGUUGCCACAUUCUCGCUUCUCCUUCACCUGGCAAUACCCUUUUUUGGGGGGGUACUGGGGAUCGAACUCAGGACCUUGCACUUGCAAGGCAGGCGCAGUGCCACUGAGCUAAAUCCCCAGCCGUACUCUUUUUAAAAUGUCUGUUCUUAAAAUAUAUUAUAUAUUACUGGAAUUCAUAGGGAGAUCAAUAAACACAGUCUUCAUUCAAUGGGGGCUGGGGUGGGUAGCAUUUUUUACUAAAUGCUACUAAAAUAUGUUGGGGAAGUUAUUUUCUAUUAGUGGUGCUUGGUUAAUGCUUAUCCCUCUAUCAGGUUAGGCUUCUCAGAGCUGGAAAUCAGUCUGUAGAGAGGCUGUAAGACUCUUCUUCCUUUGAGCUCAUUUUUUUUUCCAGUAAGGGGAAGCUAUAUUAAGCCAGAUUGUUUUUGGAGACAGGAUCUUGAUAUGUAGUUCAGACUGGCCUUGAAGUUAGUAUGUGGCCCAUCAAACUCACUACGAUCUUCCUGGUUCAGCCUCCCAAGUGCUGGGAUUACAGGUGUGCAUUACCAUGCCCACCUGACUUUUGAAAGGGGUGAAGGUAGUUAGUACAUAGAAAUUUUACUAUUGAUAAAUUUGUUUUAUAAGUUUUCAUGUUUUAUAAUUAAUCAGUGGUCAGUGGACAUCUAAAAAACACCACCACAAGUACAAUGUACUUUAAAGGUGCCAUUUGUGUCCUGAAUAGGAAUAGCUUUACCAGGUCCACAUAACUGAAUCAGAUUUAUAGUUUUAUAUUGAUAAUAUUACCAAAUAAGCCUUAUAAAUAUAUGUAUCAUUUUGAGAUAAUGUAUUUAUAUUUAUAGACUAUAUUAAAACUAUAUAACUGCCUAUUUUAA